AGCUGUCUGAAAUUUAUUUAUUCCUUUUGAACUUUGAAGAGUUAAAACUUGAUACUGCUUGCAAUUAAUCUUAGAUUAAAAUUAAAACUUUAAUAUUUUUAUUUUAUAUUCGCCGAACUUUUGGCGACUUGUUUAGUCUUAUGUAGUCCAUUCCCUUUAGUAUAAACUACCAAGGCAUAGUUCAAGAAAAGUGUAUGAAGUAAUUUGUAUUCUGCAGGGGCUUUUAAGCCUAAAUCACUGUAUGAAUAAAAUGAAUUUAAUAAUGUGGGAAAAUAUAAUUGAAUACCUUAAGGAUCCCCUUCUUGUGGUUAAAGUACAGAAUUUUUUUGGUAUUGUAUAUAAAAAAAUAAACAACAAAGAUGAAACCAGUGUAAUACAUUCUGAUAGACUUAAAAAAUAUGAAGAAUUUGAUAUUAAACAACAUAAAAGAAUUCCAAGUGAUAUAUCUGGCAGUUCCUUAACCUCAAGUGACACAGAGACAUCAGAGGAGAGUGGCCCUGAUGAUUUGGACCUUAUGAUAGGCAAUAAGUUUUGGUAUUACUUGUUUGUAAUAGGAACAGCUCUUGGAGAUGAGAUAUUUUAUGCAACAUUCAUACCAUUUUGGUUUUGGAAUGUAGAUGGAGCGGUAGGACGGAGAGUAGUCCUUGUUUGGACAGUUGUAAUGUACAUAGGUCAAGGUUUUAAAGAUAUAAUCCGCUGGCCAAGACCUGGUUACCCAGUCAAAAAGUUACAAGAUAAAUGGGCAAUAGAGUAUGGUAUGCCAUCAACCCACGCAAUGGUGGGCGUUUCAAUUCCUUUCUCUGUUCUCUUUUAUACUAUGGAUAGAUAUCAAUAUCCAAUGCAUUGGGGUCUCCUUAUAGCCAUUUCAUGGUGCACCUUAAUAUGUGUUAGUAGAGUUUAUUUAGGAAUGCACAGUGUUUUGGACAUAGCAGCGGGCCUUGUGCUGGCAUCUACACUGCUGUUGGUACUUGUUCCUCUUGUAGAUUAUCUGGAUGGGUUGUUAUUGACCAGCCACUCAACACCCUUGGUAGUGCUUGCUGUUUCUAUACUUGUCAUUGUCUACCACCCACAAUCUGACAAGUGGACACCUACACGAGGAGACACUACAAUGAUAGUGAGUGUAUGCUCAGGAAUACUAAUUGGCUCUUGGAUUAAUUACCAGUUAGGAAAUAUGUCUCCACCACAGGGAUCCCUAGCACCACCCUACCGCAUCAUCUGGCCCUCCGUUGAGAUGUUUGGAUGCCUCCUUCUCAGAACCACUCUUGGUUUCUGUGGGGUCUUAGCCACCCGGGCAAUCGCUAAAUCAUUUUCUUACGCCGUCAUAUGUACUCUACUCGGUAGAGACAAGAAUGAACUCCGAAACUCAGAAGAUAGCUUAGACAAUAAACACAAGAUCUUUGUUGAAUGUUGCUAUAAGUACUUCACAUAUGGUCUUAUUGGCCUAAACACAACUUAUGUGUUUCCAAAUGUUUUCGACCUAUUGCAAAUAAAUAGACCCACAUACUACACUGAAAUUUGACAGUGGUAUGCUUCAAAUUAAGGGAGCAUUUAUUAGUUUAUAAUGCACCUGACCAUGGUACCUAGUCAACACUAUAUAACCUACCAGUUUAUAUAUAAGACUAAGUAUUCCAUUAAUGAUUAAAUACAUUUAAAAUAAUGUACUUGGUAAUAAAUAAACUGUUAUACACUUAAGAAAACACUUUUAAACGGAUU